GUCAAAUAGCAGCUGAUCACUCGAUCUGUGCAGCGGAUGCCCUAUGGGGGCGAGGGUUGUUUUGUUUUUACUCGAAUAAUUUGAUUGGAUUUUAUUAUUUAUAUAAAAAUGGAUGUAGUAGGGCUACUUAAUAAUAUAAAUAAAAAAUCAGACAUGUUUGCUGUAAAAACUUGGACUUCGGAGUGGUCAAAUAGUUUUCAAGAAAAUCAACUGCUCUGGUCGUUUUGUGGAUGUCUUCUCGUCUCACUAUUAGUUGUAUUCAUCUAUUAUUAUAGAAGAUGGAGAGCGAAAGAACUAUCCGAAGGCACCGGUGCCACGGCAGCUGGGGAACCAGCGAAACGGUUUCGGAAACGAGACAAAAUGCUCUUUUACGGACGGCGUAUGUUGAGAAAGGUCAAGUCCAUCUCCAAUUCAGGCCAGGGUCGGAAGAGGCGAGCUGUUAUGCGGUUCGCGAGGAAGUUACUGCAGCUGAAGAAAGAAAGCGCUCCGGAACAGUUAAAGGUGCUGGAGCCACCAGCGGAAUACUUGGAAGAGGAUCUGACGAGUGACGAUCGGGUUCCACCAGACGCAUUAUACAUGCUUCACAGCAUCCGAGUGUUUGGCCAUUUUGAGAAGCCGGUGUUCUUAAUGCUGUGCAAACAUACAGAGAUACUGAAUCUGCCAGCCGGCUCGUUUUUGUUCAAAGUUGGUGAUACAGACGAAAAUGUGUAUGUUGUACAAAAUGGGCGCGUAAAUGUGUAUAUAUCGAACCAGGAUGGAAGCAGUCUGUCGUUGAAGAUUGUGCGAGCCGGUGAAAGUGUUACUUCGCUAUUGAGUUUCACCGAUGUGUUGACGGGUAAUUCUCAACCGUACAAAACGGUAAACGCCAAGGCACUAGAAGACUCUCAAGUGAUAAAAUUGCCCAUGCGCGCUUUCCAAGAGGUUUUCAAGGAGUAUCCAGAUAUAUUCGUCAGAGUUAUACAGAUAAUCAUGGUGCGCCUGCAACGUGUGACGUUUACAGCUCUUCAUCAAUACCUCGGUCUUAGUGCGGAGUUGGUUAAUCCUGGUCGCGAAAGGCGUCGUCCAAAUACCACGACUGCGUCUCCAAUGAAGACGACAAAGCCAAUGGACUGUGGUACAGCCACGCAUUCUCCCAGCCACAGCGAAAGACUGGUUACUGAACAUAUACAAGAAGGCAGCAUGGCGACAUCAUCUCCCAUUCACAUUCAGGGCCGAAGACCCAGGUCCGAUAUGCCUGAUGUCACCUCUAAUAUACCACAGCAAUCACAGCCAGAUGUCCAACCCACGUCGUCUUUCCAAAGACCUAAAGAGGGAUCGUCGUUUAAGAAGCAUCACACUGAUAAUCUUGACGAACAGGCACUCAUACAAAUAGCAACGGAAGCCUUUAUAAAGGAGCUUGGCUUGGAAAACGAUCAAUUAUUGACCGGGUGCGUUCAAGUUAGGGAUCUGCCUGCUGGGACAUAUAUAAUGAAGGAGGAGAGUCAUAAGGAUGUUGCGUUAGUAUACUUACUAUCUGGUGCGUUAUUGGUAUCGCAAAGGGUAGCUGAAGGAGAUGGAGAAGUUCAUAUGUUUACGGCAUAUCCAGGUGAAGUGGAAGGAGGUUUGGCCGUACUGACGGGCGAGCCGAGUUUCUUUUCGAUCCGCGCGAAGCAUUUCUCUCGUAUUGGUCUGUUGUCCAAAACCUCGGUGUAUAGCAUCAUGCGCGAGCGACCCUCCGUUGUUUUGCAUAUUGCCAAUACUGUUGUGAAGAGACUCUCGCCGUUUGUACGACAGGUCGACUUUGCUUUGGAUUGGGUAUUUUUAGAGUCCGGGCGUGCCGUGUAUAGGCAAGAUGAAGAAUCUGGAUCGACAUUUAUAGUUUUGAGUGGACGACUCCGGUCGGUCAUCACCCAUCCGAAUGGAAAGAAAGAACUGGUCGGGGAAUACGGAAAAGGCGAUUUAGUUGGAAUCGUGGAAAUGGUAACUCAAACGCGUCGUAGUACAACAGUUAUGGCGGUGAGGGAUUCCGAAUUGGCGAAGUUGCCAGAGGGGCUUUUUAAUGCGAUCAAGCUUCGAUUCCCGGUGGUUGUGACUAGGCUUAUUAACCUGCUUGGACAUAGGAUCUUGGGAUCAUGGCAGAAGCCGACGGCAGGUCUAGGUGGCGCGGCGGCGAUCGAAUCCCGUCCCUCCCAACACAACUUCUCAACUGUGGCCGUAGUUCCAGUUAGCGAUGAUGUCCCCUUGACGGCCUUCACUUACGAGCUCUAUCAUUCGCUUUGUGCUAUAGGCCCCACAGUCCGUUUGACCUCGGAUGUGAUCAGGAAACUCUUGGGCCUCACAAUUAUGGACCCCAAUAACGAAUAUAGACUCAGCUCUUGGCUCGCGCAACAAGAGGAUAAACAUAAGGUGGCAUUGUACCAGUGCGAUCCUAGCCUCACCCAGUGGACUCAAAGGUGCAUCCGCCAGGCUGACUGCAUUCUCAUCGUGGCCUUGGGAGACAAGCAACCGAGUAUUGGAAAGAUCGAAAAGGAAAUCGAGCGUCUAGCGAUCCGAACUCAGAAGGAGCUCGUAUUGCUCCAUCGAGAGGGCGGGGCCAACCCCACGGGCACGGUCCAUUGGCUCAACAUGAGGACGUGGGUCAGUCAGCAUCAUCAUGUCAGGUGCCCUCACAGGAUGUUCACUCGCAAGAGCCAGUAUAGAAUUAGUGAACUGUACAGCAAAGUGCUGAUGUCAGAAGCGAGCGUCCACUCGGACUUCAGCCGACUCGCUCGUUGGCUCACGGGCACCUCCGUGGGGCUGGUGCUGGGCGGGGGCGGAGCCCGAGGAGCCGCCCACGUCGGGAUGGUGAGGGCCAUACAGGAAGCUGGUAUCCCGAUAGACAUGGUGGGCGGGGUCAGUAUCGGUGCGUUCAUGGGCGCCCUCUGGUGUAUGGAGAGGAAUAUUACUACAGUUACGCAGAAAGCGAGGGAGUGGUCGCAGAAAAUGACUCAGUGGGGCAAACAGCUGCUGGACCUCACAUACCCAGCGACGUCAAUGUUCUCGGGACGACAGUUCAACACCACCAUAAAAGCCACUUUUGGCGAAGUACACAUCGAGGAUCUGUGGCUGCCCUAUUUCACAGUAACGACAGAUAUCAGUUCCAGUUGUAUGAGAGUGCAUAGACACGGUAUUCUAUGGAGGUACUGCCGAGCAUCCAUGAGUAUCGCUGGCAUCUUCCCACCCAUUUGCGAUACCAUGGACGGACAUCUGCUAUUAGAUGGAUGCUAUGUUAAUAAUGUACCAGCCGAUGUGAUGCGAUCUUUUGGGGCUAAGCACAUAUUGGCGAUCGAUGUGGGCUCUCAGGACGAUACCGACCUGACCAAUUAUGGCGAUGACUUGUCUGGCUGGUGGCUGCUUUGGAAAAGGUGGAAUCCCUUCACUAGUCCUGUGAAAGUGCCAAAUCUUCCAGACAUACAGAGCAGAUUGGCUUACGUCUCGUGCAAUCGUCAAUUGGAAGAAGUGAAAAAGUCGGACUACUGCGAGUACAUCCGCCCUCCGAUAGACCAAUACAAGACGUUGCAGUUCGGGUCUUUCGACGAGAUCCGCGAAGUCGGCUACCGACACGGGACUGCGUACUUCGAGGGGCAGAGGAGGGGCGGAGGGGGCGGAGUCAGCGGGGCAGCGGCCGAACGACGCAAGCAUUUAGCCCAGCCUUCGCUUACCGACUACACGUUUACGGACCUUGCUCAAAUGGUGUGUUCGGUGAGAACAGCCCGCGACGGUGACAACGAUUCCUCUUCAUCGUCAGACUAUGAGGAGGACCAGAGGCACUUCGAAGGUUACGCUUCGGAGCCCAGUGGCGGGAUAUUAGAGAUGUCGUCAAGCGUGGAAGGGGCGGCUUGGAUCAGCGACACGGAACUGGACGGCCUACGAACGCGGCGUGUGGGAGGCUCGUUGUCGUUGUCUGAAGACGAAAUCGAUUCCGAAGCCGAAAUGUAUGAUCCUUUGAAUAAAAGGGGCGGGGCCAGGUGAGACCCGACCAUGCACGAUCUGUGCAAGGCCCUUUUUAAGUACGUGAGAGAGAGGGAGCCAUGUGAGUGAAAGAGAUGGUUAUGUUGUGUUGGUGCAGCUUUGAACAAUUGUGUAGUCAUCAGAUAGUAUUCAUGUCUUAGAUAAAUUUAACUGUUUUAAAGUUUCACGCAGAAUUAUGACAUUAAAAAUAUGACUUCAAGUCUCAAUUUGGUUAUGUAUAUAGAAUAUAUAUUUUAAAUAUUUUCAUUUUAAAAUUUAAAAACCCGUCAUAUUUCUGUAGUUUUAAAAUUUAAAAGGCUUUCUUAGAAAAGAGCCCGUACGCAUUGUACUGAGGCGGUUAAUUUUAGGUAUUCAUAUAAAACCUAAUUAGAUGGUACUUAUAAUAAUUGAUUCCAAAGUUUACUGUGAUUUAAACGCUGUAAAUUUGCUUUUCAUUAUAAUUCCGUAAAUUUACGUACGCCGUACUACGUACUACUACCGGAUAUGUUAUUGGUAAGAGUUAAACACUUUGAUGGCCGGACAAAUUUUCAAACUAAAUUUGUAAACGAAAUUAUUAAAUAUUGUCAUUGAAAAGACUUCAGAAAGAAAAGCAAGUAAACGCAAGUAAGAAUCUAUUUGUAGCAAUUACGACUCGUAAUUUAAACUCGUAGUAUGCUAAGUAAAUCAAAAUAUUUAUGGUUGAAUCUUUUUCGAAAGUACUGUUUUGUCCCGUUUCUUUACUUGCAAAAGAUAAAGACAAGACGAUAGUUGUGACUUGGCAGUUUUUUUAUAUAUUUUGUGUGUUAGAAUUUCUAUUGUUUAUUUUGAUGAUUUUUCCUACACUUUCCAUAGAUAUUGUAUGGAUUUUAAAUACAAAAAAUAAAAUAUUGUUUCAAAAUAUAAUAAAUCUGCAACAUAAAAGGGUUGAAGAAAUCCAUUUUCAGUUCGAAAAUAUAUUUUUCUUCUUGUUGGGGUAGUACGUUUUUGCGGGGUAUUAAAAUAUUUACACACAUUGCGUCAUACAAUAUGUAGUCACUACUAUCAAGCUAGAAUCUUCUAGAAAAAUCGAGUACGUGAACAUUUCUAACAAUAUAUAAAUACAUACAACAUUAAAAACCUUAUUAAGAGCAUAAUGUAAAAUAUAUAUUCCGGCUCAAGGAUAACUAUGUAUAAAAUCUAAUUUCGUAUUUACAAUAGUAAAUGCUUCAUUUACGAUUUCUUUUCAAGCCACUAUGUAUAUGUUUGUGGCUCUAGAAUGUAUGUGUGAUCUAAAUCGUCGUAUGUUUGUAUAUCGUGUAUGAGUAUUUAUGUUUUAAAUUUUUGAAUUGUUAUAAUAUGUUGAUUAUAGAUAAAAUUAAAGACGAUAUUUCAUCGAUUGCUGUAAAAUUUCAGUGUUAUGAAAGUAACUAAAUAUAUAUGUUGAAAGUUGAACAAAAACAACAUUUUAUUUAAAAAUUAGUAAAUUAGUUUUUAAUUAGUAAAUGUGUUU